UGUAAGGUAGGCUACGGCUACGUUGACAAUAGAUAGGGCAGGUCAUUUAGAUCCUUUCUUGAUUUACUUUUUACAACGUUGAUCUGGAUUUCACCUUUCAGAACUCCUGAAGAAACUAGGCACAACCAUUGAUAAUGACCAUUGUUCCCGUCAACCACACAGACGAGCGCGCUUGCACAGAAAUAAACACACAACAUGCACAAAAGUUUCACAGCUCAGAGCGAAAUACGCGCCUUGUCUCAUUAUCACUUCAGCACUUCACAUCGUGACAGAGACAGAAAGCCUACUGAUUGACAUGUAUACCCCACGGAGUAGCGAAAGGCCCCUGGAGGAUAUGUGCCAGCCCUCCUCCUCAGUGGAGAGCAGUGGUGGGGAGGAAGAGAUGUGGGACCCUGGCCUCCUCUUCCCUGUGGCCCGGCCGUCCCUUCUGGCCCAGAGACAACUGAGGCUCCGGACCUGCCAGAGCCAUCUGUACCCCAGCACGCGCCGCAAAAGAGAGAUGACCCCUGCCGAUAAGAAGGAUGCCAACUACUGGGAUAAGCGCCACAAGAACAACGAGUCGGCCAAGCGCUCGCAGCAGAAGAGGAGGGUGAAUGACCUGAUGCUGGAGGGCCAGCUGCUGGCCCUGAGUAAGGAGAAUGCCCGGCUGAGGGCUGAGUUGAUCACCCUGCAGUACCACAUGGGCCUGGGGAAAGAGGCAGGCCCAGCCACCAUGCCUUCCCAUGGCACGGUUCCACUGCACAGCCGGCUGCCCUGUCUGAGUCACUCAUCAGUGCCUACCAAUCUGCUGAUGCCCUGGGGCUCCCUCUGCCUCCCCCAGCCAGCCCUGUACCCCAGCCUGCCUCUCUACCUGCCACACUGGAGGAGCAUGAGCGGCAGAACCAGGUCCUGGACAUACACAGAAGCUUCAGGGGCAGGUUCAACAAAUUGACUCAGCUCAGAAGGUACCUCAGUCCAGACAGCUGCUAGCUAACGGAGUGGCUUAGAACAAAUCAACCCCAGAUUAUACAUAGGACUACUUUAAUGGCAUGUAUUAAAUGUCAGAUCAGGUCAAAUAAUACAUGGACACUGGAUUUAUUGAAUGGUUGCUAAUCAACAAUUGCAAAUCAUAGUUUAAAAUAUUGUUAUAAAUACUAUAUGUGUAUUAAUUACAUUUGGAGAGUGAACUGGGAGUUCAUUAAAUUCAUCUCAGACUUUUACAUGAGGAAUUUGACAUCGGUAAUUUCGGUGAAUUUGUGGUGAUUUUCUGUUUAGUUGAAUAGGUUAUAGAAGAUAAUAUGUAGAAAUUAGACCUCUUGCAUAUCUUAAAAUUUAGCAGGUUGUUUUUUUUAUUUUAUAUUUAGGACAACAAAUAAGUAGGCUAUAUUCUGUGGAGCACAAGAUGGAGCUCCAUAGAAUGUCCUCUGCUUAUUCUGCUGUAUAUCUAAUACAAGUUUUCUUUUUCAAAUGACACAGCAAUACAACUGGUUUAACAACUUUUACAGUUACACUGAAGAUUCAAUUAUUCAGGGGUAAAAUAGACCGACUGCAUUUCCCCCCCCCCCAAUUAAAUGUUGCAUUUUUAACACCAAUGGAAUAAAAAAAUUACUUUUUCAAAGA